AGCGGCGAAUGGAGGGCGGUGCCGGGGCUGUUGGGAGCCCGCGGAGGUCUGAAGAGAGCAGACUAGUCAGUCUUUGCUGGGCGCCAGCUUGACACGCUCGGGCCCGGAGAACCGUUGUUAUGCUUUACUACAUGGUCAGUUUUUGUGAAGGUGCCAUGUACAGCUGAGAAAAGAAUAGUGAAAAAUGACCACACCGAACAAGACACCACCUGGUGCUGACCCUAAACAGUUGGAAAGGACUGGGACAGUACGUGAAAUAGGUUCACAGGCUGUUUGGUCACUCUCGUCCUGCAAGCCAGGAUUUGGAGUGGAUCAGUUACGAGAUGAUAAUCUGGAAACUUAUUGGCAGUCAGAUGGUUCACAGCCUCAUUUGGUGAAUAUCCAAUUUAGAAGAAAAACAACAGUGAAGACAUUAUGUAUUUAUGCAGACUACAAAUCAGAUGAAAGCUAUACUCCAAGCAAGAUCUCCGUCAGAGUAGGAAAUAAUUUUCACAACCUUCAAGAAAUCAGACAACUUGAAUUAGUGGAACCUAGUGGUUGGAUUCAUGUUCCUUUAACUGAUUCCCAUAAGAAGCCAAUUCGCACAUUCAUGAUACAGAUUGCUGUUCUAGCCAAUCACCAGAACGGAAGAGACACUCACAUGCGACAGAUUAAAGUAUAUACUCCUGUAGAAGAGAGCUCCAUUGGUAAAUUUCCUAGAUGUACAACUAUUGAUUUCAUGAUGUACCGUUCAAUACGGUGAAUCUUAUUAAAAAUUAAAGAGGAAGCUAAUAAUGUGAAGUCUUUAUUUUUUCUUCUUAUUGAUACUGUUUAAGGUAUCUUCCAGUGGGGGAAAUGGUAGAGAAUAAAAAUGGUUAAUUAUAUUGUAUAAUCUUACAUGUCUAAAAUUUUUUUUGUUGUUUCACUUUAAUAAAUAAUUUAAAUGCA